CCUCCUCCUCCUGCUGGAAGGGGAAAUAUGAAGCGGAGCCACCGCCGCGCUCCGCGGAGACGGCGAGGGACGCGGCGGCGGAGGCGGGGGAGGAGGAGGAGGAGCAGCAGCAGCGGGCAUCUUCGGGCACCGAGCGGCGGCCGAGCCGGAGCCCUGCCGGGGCGGGAGCCCUGAGAAGCGGGAGCCCCGAGGAGCGGCGGCAGCGGCGGCCCCCGGAGGGUGCCCGGCGGCCCCCGGCCCCGCCAGCCGCCUGCCCCCCAGCGCCGGGCCGUGGGCUGCCCGCGGCGGCGCUGAGGCGCGGGCGGCGCGGCGGGAGGUGGCGGCCGGAGCGAAGGCGCGGGGAAGGGGCGCAGCGAGGCGGGGAGAUGUCCGCCCCGUACGGCAGCCUCAUGAGAUACCUGUUCCCAGCCCUGUUGCUGCACGGGCUGGGAGAAGGUUCUGCUCUUCUUCACCCGGACAGCAGGUCUCACCCUCGGUCCUUGGAGAAGAGUGCAUGGAGGGCUUUCAAGGAGUCACAGUGUCAUCAUAUGCUGAAACACCUUCACAAUGGAGCCCGGAUCACUGUGCAGAUGCCUCCCAACAUUGAGGGACACUGGGUCUCUACUGGCUGCGAAGUUAGAGCAGGCCCAGAGUUUGUCACAAGAUCUUACAGGUUCUACCACAAUAAUACAUUUAAGGCCUAUCAGUUUUAUUACGGUGGCAAUCGAUGCACAAACCCUAUCUACACAUUAGUUAUACGUGGCAAAAUACGUCUCCGCCAAGCAUCCUGGAUCAUCCGAGGGGGUACUGAAGCUGAUUAUCAGCUACGCAACAUACAGAUCAUAUGCCACAACGAAGCAAUAGCCAAAAAAUUAAGUGAGUUGGUGAACCAUACGUGUCCUGGAUUUAUACAAGAAGAUAGUCCCUGGGAGCAGGAUGUGAGCUACGAUUUGCUGAGAGAAGAGAAUGGCUGUGAAUGCACCAAAGCUCUGAAUUUUGCCAUGCACGAACUCCAGCUGAUCCGCGUGGAGAAGCAGUACCUGCACCACAAUUUAGACCACCUUGUGGAGGAGCUAUUUCUCGGAGACAUUCAUACCGAUGCUACUCAGAGGAGGUACUAUCGGCCCUCUAGUUACCAACCUCCUCUUCAAAAUGCCAAGAACCACGACCGCACGUGCAUUGCGUGCAGAAUCAUCUACCGGUCAGACGAGCACCAUCCUCCCAUCUUACCUCCCAAGGCAGACCUUACUAUAGGGCUACACGGAGAGUGGGUGAGCCAGCGCUGCGAGGUGCGACCGGAGGUCCUCUUUCUCACUCGGCACUUCAUCUUCCAUGACAACAACAACACCUGGGAAGGUCACUACUACCACUACUCCGACCCCAUCUGCAAGCACCCCACCUUCACCAUCUACGCCAAGGGACGCUACAGCCGGGGAGUGCACUCGUCCAAAGUGAUGGGCGGCACAGAGUUUGUGUUCAAAGUAAACCACAUGAAGGUCACUCCCAUGGAUAUAUCCACAGCCUCCCUGCUGAACGUCUUCAAUGGGAACGAGUGCGGAGCGCAGGGGUCCUGGCAAGUUGGGGUUCAGCAAGACGUCACCCACACGAAUGGCUGCAUUGCGCUCGGCAUCCGCCUACCUCACACCGAGUACGAAAUCUUCAAAAUGGAGCAGGAUGCCCGGGGCAGGUACUUACUGUACAAUGGCCAGAGACCGAGCGACGGGUCCAGUCCCGACCGACCAGAGAAGAGAGCCACUUCCUACCAGAUGCCUUUAAUUCAGUGUGCUUCAUCAGUACCCAGAUCUGAAGAGUCACCAGAGGAAAAUAAAAUAAGGCUGUACAGCAGCAGGGCACCGGAAAAAUAUCCCAGCACCCCAGCUCUUGCUUUGGUGUUGUUUAUUUGUACUGUGUCAUAUUGGGACAUUCUCAGCUAGAAGUGAAAAAAACCUUAUUUUUCAUGACUACAAAGCCAGGAUUCCACCAGACUGGGGGUUGUUUUUCUUCCAAAAAAAAAAAAAAGGGACAUUUAUUUUCUUGAUGCACUUGAAUGCCUGAGAACUGUUGUUCUUUUCCUUAUUUCCCCCUCCUCCUUGAAUCCCGAAUGGCACUCGUUUGAUGUUUGUGCUUUGAACUUCAUCCAGUCUGAUCCCUGGCCUGACAUGACUGCACAAAAGUAAUUGCACUUUAGGACUGCAGACUUUUGGGGGGAGGGAGGGGGUCUCCUUUUAUUUUUAUUUUAACUGCUGGGGUGAACAUUAUGAUCCUGCUUCAGUUGUCUCUGCCAUUUUACCAUUGUGGUACUCUUCUCCCCAGUGCUGGGUUUCUCAUCAGAAUUUAUCUCUGGGGAAGGGCUCGGUGUCGUGCCAGUACUGUGACACCGGCUUCCCCCUCUGACUUCACAGCUCUGAUGUAGAUAUGUAUAUAAGGAAGAAUUCCACAAAGAUUUAUCUUGUCAUUAUCUCACAGCUCCUAACACAAAAAGAAACAGCACAUCAACAGCCCUCCAUCCAGAUAGUGCUGAACGGUUGAUAUCUCUAAUUUAAAAAAUAUUCCGAGUAAUUUAAGCUAUUUUUACAAUCAUUAAGUUGUAAAAAUAACCAGUGGUUUAAUAUUCUUCUCAUUCAGUUUCCUUAGUGAUGUAAUUGCUUCAAGGCCUCCCUUUGUACCUAGCAGAUAGUUACAGCCAAGCCCCCUUAAAGCCAGACAGAAGCAGCAGAUACACACAGAACAGCUAAGUUGCCAAUACAAGGCUGCAGGAACUUCUGUUUUUGUAUUCCUGAGGCCUUACAUACUCCAUGUGCAGUAUUUGUGCCUUGGAUUUUGUGUCAGCCAGGUGGACAAAGUAAAGAAGCGAGUGGGUUCUAACAUGUUCUGCGACCCUAUUUAGCAGCAUAUUUUUAGUAAUGUGAUCUUAUGUAGGAACAAGUAAAGCACACGUGGCCCCUAGUAGAGCAAGAAAGCAGGCAGAAAUAGACCCACAUCUAUCUGAGACACUGGCACAGUCAUACCAAAGGGAGGAGCAAGAGCUGCACAAAUGCAGCUGCCCCCUCCCUUUUCUCCUUGCUAGGCUGUCGAAACACAUACCAUGGUUUCACUGAGCUUAAUUCAUCUUUGGUUUGGGGAGACACAGCUGGGAAGGUGGACAGGCACAGCUCCUCAGAGUAUUCUUCAACAAGAGCCUGCCCCGGAAACCCUUGGGUUUCCCCCCGCGUUGCAAACACAUCCUUCUGUGCAGUGAUGUGAAUCAGAGCAGUCUCUGGAGCCAGUAGGGGAGAUAUUUAAGGCCAGCAAGGAGAUACAAGUUCAUAGACGAACCAUGUUCUCCUGCUUUAAUGGAGAGUGAGCUGAGGGCACAGCUUAACCUUGAGGCAUUUGGGCCGUGCCUUUUAAUGAUAGACAUUUGGCUCGCAGGAGGAGCAGGAACCUGUGUAAGAAACAUAACAAGUAAGGUCAUAGCAUUUCUUCAUCAGUAUCAGCAGCCUCUAGCUGCCCAGUCCAGUACUAGGGGAGAAAAAAAGCCUUUAAUAUGUAAUUUUCAGCAUCACAGGAAAAGUAUGUCUUGAAUGAGAGUCUUUCAGCUUUACAUAGGUGAGUCGCCAUACUGUCAGCUAUAGCAAAUGCAUUCUUUGAAAACAUAAGUGACAGCAUGGACCUUGCUAGCAAAAACGGCAGGAAAAAGCCAUUCAAGCAGCAAAUGGCUCUGCUCAGGCUCCCUACCUCCUCAAAGUCUGCGCCUUCCUGACAGUUUUUCCAAGCUAGUAUCAGCCUCAGAUUCACCUGGUUUUGAGACAGCAGAAGGAAGGGGAGAAGGAACAAUAUCAUAGGCUUACUGCUAGAUCAGAUCACAUCUUUCACAUUUCUUCCUCAGACAGAUGAAAAGUCACAGAAAACUCAGUCAGGAGCAGAGCUCAGGGUGGCUCAGUGGUCACCAAAGAAUGCUCAUCCAUCCACCUGAUGUCAGAUCCUCCUUCAGCCUGCUGCAAGGAGCUGAAUGCCAACUCCCCAUGACAAACUGAGCCAUAGGAACAACAGCUGCUCUGAUCAGCAUUUCUUGAUGGUUUUCUAUGCCACACAGUCAAACCUACAUGAAGAGUCAGCUCUGGAUUAGUUGCUGGUAGGGAGGCAUCAGGAGCAGUUUCUACUAGAGGGUCAAGAAGGAGACACGAUGCCUUUGAAAGAGAAGCUAGGAACCAGUAAGUAGUUUGAUUUUUCUCUAGCUAGAAUUGAGUUUUUUAUUCAGCAGACUUACAUCUGCAUAUCUCCACCUGAGUUACCGAGCUAUUACAAGAUAGUUAAGUCCUUUCAAAUACUAGCUUCAUUUCUGACUUCUGCUUGAGACACAGUGGCAUGAGUGAAUUCAUGUUAGUCUUUAUUUAUGAGGAAGGGUAUGGCAUCGUGCUCCUCAGAUCACGUGAGAGAAGCUUCUUGCACCAACAUCCACCAUUUCCACAUUAGGUGGUCUCAUCUCUGGAAAAACUACCAAUAGCUAGGAGUUGUCAGACCCUGUUCUUUCCCUGUGCAAGGGCCUCACACGACUCGGUCCCAGCUGAAAUCUGCACAUGCUUACGAUGCAGGAUUGGAGCCGAGAGCAAAGGAACUUCUCCACAGGCACAAUGUUCUAUACUCAUCAGGGCAAUGGUCUACAGUUUAUUAGUGCUCCGUGGCUCCCGUGUAAAUUACUUAAUGUCAGAAAUAUUACAACAGUUUCAAGAGAAAGAACUAAUUCUUGCCUCUAAAAAGCACGUUCAUGUCUCAACUGUGUUCUGAAUCACAGACCUGCAAAGAUCUACGUUUUCCAAGGCUUACCGUUACAUGAAAUGCAAACAUGACAAUGUACAAAUUGUACAAGAACAGCGAUUUUUUGUCACCUAGAGAUAGUUUAAAAAGGAAGCACUUGAAAAAGGCCUUCAUAAUGCAUCGCCAGAAAUCUGAUUUGGGACUACUCUAGUUUAUUUGUAGUGUUGACCAGAAACAUAAUUUUAUGAUCUGGGUUCUUAGUAUAUGCUGCACCAGCUUCCCUCCUUGUGCCUAUAUGUAUUUACUUUUCUAUUAGCCAAUAGAAGGAAAGUUGGACAAAGAUAUAAGUAAGUCUUCAGAGUGCACGGUUUAUUUGCCAAUCUGAGCUCUCUGCAAGGCUUCUCCUAGGCUACAGGCACAGAACUAGGAGCUAAACUUCCUUGAUCUUUUAGUUUCAUCACACACUAAAUUAACUGCUGCGCAGCACCGUAUAUAUUUGUGACACAAUAUAUUCCAUUCAUUUUAUUUCUCCAACCUGACCUCAUAAGCUGGCAGCCCUGGUGGCUAAAUAAGUUAAGCCGCAAGUGGUUUAGCAGUAGAAGACCUACAAAAUGAGUCAUUUGUCCCAUAUCAAAAUGCAGAAGCUUUAAAAAGAAAAUAAAAUAAAAAAGAAACAAUUCUCUUCAAUAAGUGCCAAUGUUGCCAGGACAGGUGAAGUUUUUCCUUCAGUAAUAUCCUACUCGAGGAGCCACCUGACAGAAGAAAUGGUAAUCUGAUAUUCUUGGGCAAAUUGUUUUAACAGGUUGUAUUGCAGAAAAAGGACAAAAGGGCCCAGGGAAAAAAAAAAAACCAAGCGUUCUUGCUCUGUUUCUAUGCCAUUUACAUAUUGUUCCUGCUGCCCUAGGGUAGAAUGUCAUUUUUAUGAACAGAAGUCCGUAUUUUAAGAUAUAAUGUCUGUCUUGCUUGAGUUGGAAUGUGCUUGCUUAAAGUGCAGAAUUUUAAAAAAAAAACUUUUAUUUUUGUAAAGUUAUAGAAGAUAUUUUUCUUCUCAACUAUGUUCCAGACUAAACUGCCAGGGAAGUUUAAGCACUUGUUAAACUAUUAAUUGAAAUAAAAAAGCCUAACUGAAACAUAAAGGA